AUGGCGCUGGUCUGUACACGGUUGACCCUAUGUUGCAGCCAGAGAUGUGGGGGUACAAUAGAAGCCGGAGCCGGCGUGAUACGGUCACCAAAUUAUCCAGAAGGAUAUCCACCGGCUUCCGAAUGUGCUUGGGUCAUUCACUCCGCAGCCGAGACGAUGAUCAGAAUAAAAUUCCAGGUUCGAGACUGCAGUGGAGAUUCUCUUUGGAUGUACGAUGGUAAUGGGACAUCGGGGGUACCACUGUUUGGUCAAUACUGUUCUACAAUUCCACCAACAUCGAUUAACUCUAGUGGACAAUUGGUCACUAUCAAGUUUGUAUCUGUGGGAGGAGCGGAAAACAAUCAAGGAUUCGUCAUAUCCUAUGAAUCAAUUGAUUUAGCUCUAGGUUCACGAGUCAUUUGGAGUGAAGUAAAACCUUCGACGGGUGAAGUGCGAUUAAACAGUGUUCCUGCAGAUCCAAGAGAGAUGUUGAAUGCCGAUCAGACAGUAAUGGAAUCCAUCACAACCACCUUCUACUUCCAAGCUGCAAGUGGUAACUGGACCGCUCUAGCAACGCGAUAUGGUCAGCAUGAACUCAUCUGGAGUGGUGGUCUAAGGAAAUCCAUGAUCAAGGGCUCUAUGGGUAGCAACCGAACAGCAAAGAUCUACUACGCUUUUACAUCAUCUAGCGUUACAGGAGUCGCAGUUGAUUGGCUGACAGGCAAUGUGUACUGGACUGACGCAGCAUAUGAUUGGAUAAUAAUGAAUAACGCAAAUGGAACGCGUAACGCACUGAUUAUUGAUAAAGAUCUUGAUAUUCCUACGGGCAUUGCCAUUCAUCCAUCAAGAGGAUAUCUAUUUUGGACUGACUCGGGAUCGAGACCAAAAGUAGAAAGGAGUAAUCUAGCAGGAGAAGGUCGUCUUGAGAUGGUUUUUACAAACAUUGUAAGGCCUUCUGGAAUAACAAUUGAUUACAAAGAUGACUUGUAAGUACAUUAAAAACGGAACCUAAAGAGAAAUGGUCAAGUUUUGAAUAAGAGAUUUCGCUCGCUGGGAGGCACCGCUCUCUAAUUAAAGUAGAGAUUAAGUUUGAUGAACAAUUUUUACGUGUUUUACAAUUUAUUAACAAGUUCAUGACAUAGACCCCAACUGUGUAAUUUCACCGAAGCAAAAUGCGUUAAAAUUGAUCAAAAAUGAAUUUAUCUCUCAAUACGAGUGGAUAAAUAAACAUGAUUAUGAUCCAAAAUUAGACAAUCCAGAAGGAUUAUGAUUUUACCAAAAUUAGAUUCGCGAUAUUCUAACUUUUAACAAUUAUUGCUUACUUGUGAAAGUGUAUGUGCCCAUCUACAUAUACAGUGCGUAUCAAAAAAAGUUUACACUUACAAAAAAUCAUGUAAAAUUAUUCAUUUGUAAUAUCCUGAGGAUUUUUCCAUAUUUUAACAUUGGUACAGGUCCAUUUAAGCAAAUGACGAUAUAACUGUCGAAAAAUAUUUCCGCUUGAGUGAGCACCACUUACUUUUGAAAAGUUAGUGAAAAAUGAUUUGCGUAGAACUUCGAAAUAGUUAUGCGAAUAAAAGUAGACCUUAAUCAUGAAAAACACGUUGAAUUUAGCUAAUAAAAUUGAUUUGAAGAUAUCUUUUACUUGUUUAACUUGUUUCAUUGCCAAAAACACUUCGAAGAGUGCAUUGUGCCCCACCCCACUCCCCCUCACACCAAGACCAUCGUGAUGGUAUUUGCUUUGCACUGAGCUGUGUUCCACAUGAAAUGGCUUAUGCUUGAUUUUCAUUUUGUUUAUCACUGUCAAGCUAGGGAAAAGUCUGGAGAAGCAAGCAUUAAAUGAAAAAUGAAAUGUUAACCCACAUUAAAUGAUAAAAACAAAUGCUAGAGAUGUCUGAUAUAAACUUUUGGUAAGAUUCAGUUAUGUCCUCAGAUCCAGCUGGCACAAAAAGGGUAAAGGUUGUGCUUAAUAAGUGUUGCAAUUUCAAUUUUGGUGGCAAAAUUGUUCUAAAAUGCUUUAAUGUAUCCGUUUUAUUUCAAUUGACUAAAAGUGCAAGGGAAAUGUACGAGAAAUGUUUUGCAGGAUAAGUUUGAUUUUGCCCUUUCCCCUCGACACAGCGUGAAAACGGGCAUUUCUGCGCAAAUAGUUUUCUGCGAGCUUUACAAAAAUGGACAGUGCUCACUCAAGUGUAACAUUCUGUCAAAACGUUUACUUUCAUUGGAUAGAUGAGACCCAAACCCAGGAAUAUAUGUGAACAAAUUACCCACAUGUUGUAUAUUUUUUAAUUCCCAGGGCUUUUUCAAAGUGUAAACUUUUUUUUGAUACGCACUGUAGAUGACUUUAAAAAAAAUAUUUAUUUGCUCUUUAAUCACACUCAGGACUGUUGAGAUUCAUGUAAAAAGCAAAAACAUAUUGGAUUUAUGUACAAUAAGCAUAAGAUUUUUUUGAUUGGUUGGCUAAGCCGAUACAGACGUCAUACCUAAUUCCAUGCGUUCUGGGCGAGAAAGUUUGUCCAAUCAAUCGGUCAUUAA